AUGGCGGUUACCAUGAAACAUAUGUCGUUGAUCGUCUCUUUCUUUGGCGUCUUGUCGUUUCUUCUAGGAGUAAUCGCGGAGAACAAGAAGCCUGCGUCUGGGACUCCAAUAAACGGAAAGGGAGUAGUUAUCUGCAAAUAUCCAUCUGAUCCAACUGUUGCCUUGGGAUACCUUUCUGCUGCCUUUCUCCUUGCCUGCACUGUAGCAGGAUACAAAUCCUUGUUCAUCUCUUACAAGGGAAAGUCUGUUCCUAACUCUGUCUUGUUCAAAAGCACCAGCUUCUCUGUCUUCUUCAACAUUGCCUUGAUAACAUCUGGACUGGCAUUGUCGCUGUUGCUAUGGCCAACCAUUACAGAGCAACUUCAUUUGACCCGUAAUGUUCAUCGGAACUUAGAGACCAGUUGCCCCACGGCUAAGACCGGUCUGCUCGGUGGAGGUGCCUUUGUGUCAUUGGACUCGUGCCUUUUCUGGUUGGUCGCUCUGAUGCUCGCUGAUAACGCCCGUGAAGACCAUUUUGAUGAAGUUGAAAACGGAAACAUUGAUGGGAACUCUUCCUCCAGGGAUGUUAAUCUCAAGAUUGAAGCUUGA